GCCUAUUUAUGAACGUGCCAGUUGGAAUGUAAUAGAUUUCACGCUAUCAGUUCUUUCUAGAGGUUGUUGCAAUCACUCGUUUCGAGUGAUAGUGAGUUGCUCUAAGUGGGAUCGCUUCUUACAUCUUCGAGUAAAAGCAUUCGCACCCAUCCUUCAAUGAAAAGCAUUUAUAAACUAUUUUCACGCUCAAGUGUACAUUGUUUUCGAGGUCUAUCUAAUGGCUUUCUCUAUGGAGACGAAAUAUUAGUGCCCAGUAAAGCCUUGGGAACCAAAAACCAAAGAAAGCAUCAAGUUAAAAUUAACACUCAUUUUAAAGAAAAUGUAUCACUCUGCAAUACGAAAAGAACUUCUUAUCCUGAGUUAGAUGAAAACGAUUCAAAAAUCAAAGAUAUCAUACUUCAAAAACAGGCAUCACCACUUUAUAUUGGUUCAGAAAAACAGAAAUCUUGUAAAUAUCCUGCCAUUAUUCUGGAAGGAAGUAAACUAAUAUCAGAUGCGCUUGCAACAGGAGCAAAAGCCAAAUCUUUAUUCUUUUCUUCACAGGGAGUUCUGCAACAAGUCGGUGAUUUGAACAAUGUAUUAAAUGUCUACUAUGUUAACCACCGGCUAAUGCGUCAACUCUCAUCACUUCAAUCUCCUCCUGGAGUAAUAGCCCUUUUUGAAUUACCUGAACAAGAUUCUUUUCGUGAAAAAAAUAUGAAGGGUCGCUUACCUGUUACUCUAAUACUUGAUCGAAUUAGCGAUCCCGGAAAUAUGGGCAGUUUGAUUCGUUCAGGUGCAAGUUUUGGUUUGGAUUCCAUUUUGGUGACGAAAGGUAGUGUAAAUAUUUGGAAUGACAAAGUGAUACGAGCAGGAAUGUCUGGUCAUUUUCGCAUACCUGUCCAUCAUGGACUAAGCUGGACUGAUAUUAGUCGAUAUUUUGGAAUAAGUGAUGGUUCAUCCUCUCGUGUUACAGUUUUUGUAGCUGAUCCUGAACCACUCAUGACUGAUAAAUUAAUCGAAUCAGCAUGGAAAAAAGAACACAUUGAUCAUCAGUCACAAUCAAUAAGCGAAUGCAAAAUGUCUGUUGAAUGUGAAGCUGUUGAUUUUCUUACUCCUGAGUCAACAGAUUUGGCAUAUCGCUUGCCUGUACAAACUGUUCCACACUUUGCAAUUAAUUAUGUUCCUUCUGAUUAUGACUCUGCGAAACAUGAUUGUCGUUUAGCUAUUGUUCUUGGAUCUGAAGCUCAUGGUGUUUCUCCUGAAGCUUAUCAUUUAACCCAUCUUACUGGUGGUUCUCGACUUGUUAUCCCGUCUGCAGAUGAUGUAAACAGCUUGAAUGUUUUGUCAGCUGCUUCAGUGUUGCUUGGAGAAAUACAACGUCAAUUCUUAUGUUCUUAAUGGCAUUUAUUUGAUACGAAUAUAAAACUUUUUUUCCAUAA